AUGGAUCCAGGGAUCUCCGAGGAGAUCAAAGGGAUCGAAGGAGCGGCCACCGGAAGCGGCGAGGUCAAGUGGCUGGACGGCGUCGAGGGUUGCGAAGAGGUGGAGGGCGCGGUAAUGUGUUCUAGCCUUGGCCUUCUGGUCAGUGCCAUUUUUAUUGGGCGGAUUUGUCUGGUCGGCAUGGUCUCGUGCUUCGGCCGGUCGCCAGAUGUUCGAGCGUCCUUCGGUGGUCUGCUUGACUUGGGUUGCUUUUUGGCUCCAAUUAAGUCUUAUACCGUGGUUUAGGAUAAUAACCUCUUCCAGGUGUGACGUAUAUGCGAAUUCAUGAAUUGCAAGAUUGAGGAGGGUUUUUCUUCUAUCGUGGAGUUGUUAUCUUUUGUAUGUCGUGGUUUAAUUUUUCCAAUGUCAUUUUCCUUGUACCGGCGAUCACCUAGAGACUCCCAUUUCUAUUUACAUGAUACGGAUGAAUGCGCUUGUUGCCAUUUUUGUUGUGAUCCCUGUCCGCUCUGAGUUUACGGGAAGAAACUAGUGAUCUUAAGUUGACGCAAGUGUGGAAACGGAAGAUUAACGCAGAAAUUUGAACUUCUAAUAAUAAUCAGCUAAAUCAGGCGUAGGCGAUACUUCAACAUGAUUGCUAGACAUUUUCUACUGUCGGACAUUGAAGGAGUUGUUUCUACACAAUAGCGUUGCGCGUUCAAUAGACUUUAUUCUCAUAUAAUAGUUUGGAGGAGGGUUCCAAUAAUCUCCCGAAGUCUUGAGUGCCCUUUUGAGCUGAAAAGCACUGAGUUAUCUUGGUUUUGUUACAUCAGGAUAUCAAUAUGAGAUUUCACAUACUAAGAUGAGUAUCGUGGACAAGAUUGUCAAGGAUGUCGAUUAAAACUAAUAAAUAUAGUAAGAAAUGAACUAAUAUGUCUUGCAGGCCAAUAACUACUUUGCAUGUAAACAUUACCCCCACUUUGCCUGCAUUAUCAAUGCCAACUCUUUUAUCUAAGAUUUCUGGUAACACUGGCUUUUUUAAUCUGUAUAUUGGGAAUAAUGGUUGGUCUUCUUUCACUUCUUUGGAGAGCAAUGCUGACCAUUCGGUGCAAAAACUUAUAGUGACACUUUCGGUGGAUAAGUUUCAAAUUCUUAGAUCACGUCAAACAGAUAGUCACGUAUUUCCUCCUUUUGUACGUUAAUUAUUUUUUCCAUUUUGAAAGCCUUGAGCCUUAUCAAUCUCUUCCUUUUGGGAACUACAGAUUGUGGAAUCUAUGCCUAUGGAAUGGACAGAUGAAAAACACAACUCGUAUCUGAAUUCAAUAGAGGCAUCAUUUGUCAACCAACUUUACAACCACGAGUUCAAUUCAAAUCAUCUUUUGGGUUGGUCUUCAAGAACACAAAAAAAUCCACACUUAUCUGGACCUCAUACGGGGAGCUGCUACUCUGGUCAGGUACGAGAUGAGCUGGUUUGUUGUGUUUUCUAUCAUUUCUUUGAUGCCAAAUAUGGUUAUGUGGAAUUAAUAAUUUUAUGCAGUUUAAGGUGCUGCGUGGAGGUUGCUGGAGUGAGGUUAAGUUUGAAAGAUCACGAAUAUUGACGGCUGCUAAAAAUGAGACUCGUGUCCUUUCAAGAAACCCCUGGAUUCAGCAUUUCAGGUCAAAUUCCGACAACGAAGCUGUCGACUCAUGUCCACAUAUGGAGAUCAAUUGUACAUCCGAGCAAGAAAUAGACAUUGGGGGAGAGAGGCAAGGAGAAGAAGAUUGUGGAGAAGCAGCAAGUUCUAGUCAGUUGCCAUCUUGUUGUACUCACGUAUGCCAUGAGGAUUCUCUCAGAAGCAGUACAGGUACAUCUCACUUCGAACUUAUCCUUCUCUUUUUCUAAUGUCAAAAUUUCUAUCAAUUUAUGCCAACUAAUACCCAUCUAUAGUUGGAAAAAUAAGAAUCCUCUUUUUCUUAAGUCUGUGGCAUCUUAUAAUUUAAAUGUUAACCAAGAAGUAGAGAAUUGAUUUAAUCUUUUCAAGGAUAGCAUUAAGUUUGAUUUAUGAUAUCUUUGUUUGUUCACUUUUUAAUAAUUUCUCUUAGGCAGCAUGAUUUAUUUUUACUUGUAUCAUAAUUUUUAGUUAAUUCUCUCAUAAUUCUAUAUUUGGAAGCUGAUGAUUAGUGUGCUUUUUACUCUUCAGAUCUUUUAACGGGUUUUUUGAGAUCAUCAACAAACGAGCAAUUCGAAUAAAAGUUUGAAAACGUGUGCUAUAUAGAUGUAAACGCUGCUGACCUGCCGACUAUCAUUUUCGAUGCUUCACGAGUAAAAUAUGGGGAACAUACGAGAUAUUGCCUAUUUUCUUCGUUUCAGCUCAACUAUCAAUUUAUUACGUGGUGUAUGCUAGAUGCUACAAUUGCAAUACGAGAUUAUGUUGUAGGCAAUGUGUGACAAAAAUACUUGAAGAGCGAAAAUCAAGUCUUUUCCAUACAGUUGGCGGCUGCUCACUCAAUACACGGAUAAUCUUAUGAAAAUUCGCUUUGUUCUAUCUGAAAAAAAAUCUCCCGUAGACUAGAGAGAAUCCAUUAAUUGUUGAUAAAUAUAUGAACAUAUUGGAUCUAUACUCUGUCUGUUUCCAGUUCUGCGGGCACAAAGGAGACCUAAACUGCUUGAAAUUUUUGCAGAGGCGUCAGGUCAGAACUUUGUGGAUGACCUUGAAGGAGAUAAUCGAGUAAGUAGAUUGUGCAAGAAGAGGUAUAGAACUACAAUGUUUGAUGCCAAUCAUCAUCAAGUACUCUCGGACUCUUCUUCUGUCGUUCCUUAUUCAUCAUCCUCUUAGAAUCUGCCCUCAAGUCCCACUUAUUAAUCCUCCUUUUCGCCUCCUGCCUCUCCAGGCGGCCCAGCUCGGGAAGCUCCCAACCGUGCCAAGAAACGACGAGAACGUCCCAUCUGAUCAAGGGAAUGAUUCGGAUUGCACUAGCCCCAAAGCUCCGAAGAUCGAUUGA